GUUGACACCAGCCGAAUUGUUCAUAUCCACUCAGUGAUCAUCCUGCGUCGCUCUGAUAAGAGAAAAGACCGUGUGGAAAUUUCGCCAGAGCAGCUUUCAGCUGCUUCUACUGAAGCAGAGAGGUUGGCUGAAAUGACGGGACGUCCCAUGAGAGUUGUGGGCUGGUAUCACUCUCAUCCUCAUAUUACUGUCUGGCCAUCGCAUGUUGAUGUCCGCACACAAGCUAUGUAUCAGAUGAUGGAUCAAGGUUUUGUAGGACUUAUCUUUUCCUGCUUCAUUGAGGACAAAAACACAAAGACAGGCAGGAUUCUCUACACCUGUUUCCAGUCCAUUCAGGCCCAGAAGAGCUCAGAAUAUGAAAGGAUUGAAAUUCCUAUUCAUGUUGUUCCCCAUGAAACCAUUGGGAAAGUGUGUCUGGAAUCAGCUGUAGAGCUGCCCAAGAUCCUUUGCCAAGAAGAGCAAGAUGCCUACAGGAGAAUUCACAGCCUCACCCAUCUAGACUCUGUAACCAAGAUUCAUAAUGGCUCAGUGUUCACAAAGAACCUCUGCAGCCAGAUGUCUGCCAUCAGUGGGCCACUCCUUCAGUGGCUGGAGGACAGACUACAGCAGAACAAACAGCGGGUGCAGGAGCUGCAGCAGGAGAAAGAGCAGCUCCUGGAGGAACUAGCUGCUUUAGAAUGAAGGAGGAAAUGCAGACCCUUCAGAAGACAGACAUGAAAAAAAACCUACCAGACCUACUCCUGGCUGAAGGGUGGCCCUAUGUUACCUUACAGUGAAGAUACUAGCAUGCAGCAAAGAGCACUUCUACAGGAUAAGGACUUUAUCUGCCCCAGCUUGAUGAAAAGCAGUGGUGUAUCUCCAGGUGCUGCAUGAUGCAGUGCAGUUCUAGCUC